AUCAUCUUCUAUUUUACACUACUCCCAAAGCACUUCCGCUCUUAUCCAAUCUCUCUCCCAUCUUCUUUUCUUCUUUAUCCAUUCUCUCUGUCGGCUCCUAAUUAUCCAGUUCCUUUAUCCUUAUCGGGCCGGGUCUCCAUAUUUACUACGGUUGUACUUAUCAUCUGCCGUGUCUGACAGUAUUGAUAUUCUAUUUUUCUAAUUUUGGCAAGUACCGGAUAAAGUUGAACACCAAUUUGCGUCAUUAAAGCUAGGACCGAUUCCUGGGAAUUCUUGAUUGGUGUUUUUAUUUAAGACCGGGAGCUUCAACUGGACUUCAAGGAUUCCCUAGCUGAUCAUUUCGAGGUCUUAGAGGAAGGAAGAAUGAAUUCACUACAAGGGCCCGUUGCUUGUCCAGUGGUUAGCACUAAACUUACAGAGCAAUACUCCAUCCCUGUCAAUUCACGCAUUGGGAAGGCUACUACAAUUCUUAGAAGCAGAUUCUGGGGUACUGAUUCUGGGGUCUAUAGUAGGCAGGUUCGGAAACCACGAUUACGAAUAAACAAGCUGAUUUCAUGCACUUUCAGCUCAUCCUCAAAUGGCAAUGGCAGCAGAGCAGAAAACUUCAAUGAGAAUGAUGCUGAUUAUGUGAAUUCUAGCGUGCUUGAAGCCAUUGAAGUACGGAGUGGUGCGGAAGGUUUCAUGAUCAAGAUGAGAGAUGGUAGACAUCUGAGAUGCGUGCAUAACACCUCUCAGGCUGGUCAUGUACUUGAUUAUGCUCCUCAUCCAGCAAUAGUAUUGAAAAUGGAAGACGGGACUGGCCUUCUUCUCCCCAUUAUUGUUUUGGAGAUGCCAAGUGUACUGCUUAUGGCAGCUGUAUGCAAUGUCCAAAUUGCAAGGCCAACAAUUUAUCAAGUGGUGAAGGACAUGAUUGAGAAAAUGGGCUAUCAAGUAAAACUUGUUCGUGUUACGAAGAGAGUAAAUGAGGCAUAUUUUGCUCAAUUGUAUCUAAACAAGCAAUAUGGUAAUGAAAAUGAGAGUAUCAGCUUUGAUCUCCGGCCUUCUGAUGCCAUCAACAUUGCGGUGAGAUGCAAGGUGCCAAUACAAGUGAACAAGUACUUGGCAUACAGUGAUGGCAUUAAGGUGGUUGACUCUGCCAAGCCUAUCAUACUAGGUCCUUCAGAUUCGUCAGUGAUGAGUGAGCUUGACAGAGCUAGUGGGCAGCCAGGGAUUGAGACGAAGGAAUUCAUUCUUCUGCGGAACAUGCUCCUUGCUGCAGUAGAGGAGCGCUAUAAAGAUGCAGCUCAAUGGAGGGACAAGCUGACUCAACUCCGUUCAAAGAGGAAUUGGACAUAAUCUGCUGUAUUGAUGAAUUUAAUAGCCCAGUAUAGUCAACCAUCACCUUCUACGCUCUGUCAAUAAUCAAUCAAUACCCGUCUCUUACUUAAUGUGCAAAUUAAAGCGCUGUGAAUGUGUCUCUGUGUAUGUAUGUAUAUAGGUAAACUGUAAUUUUAAGAAAGAAAAAACCAAAAGUGUGUAUAAAAACAUAUUUACUUGUGAUAACUACUUUAUUCUGUAUUAUCUUAUAAAAUUUAAUUAUCAUUUCUUGUAAUUUGUUCUACGCUUGCUACUUCAUAGCUCAUUGCUGCAAUGGUAUCGGAUGACUUCUGUUCCUACAA